CGACUGCUCACGGAGAGAGAAAGGGACCGCACGAAUUUCGAGCAAGAGAAGGCGAAACUACAAGAAGAAUUGCAAGCGACGAACGUUCAUUUGUCGAACACUGAGGCUGCGUUUAACGAUGUACAUCAAAAAUACGAAAAGGUGAAAGGAGUCGUAUCGGUAUAUAAAAAUAAUGAGAUAGUGUUAAGAGAAGGUAUCCAGGAAAAUAUGGAAACUAUAAAAUGCUUACAAACGCGGUACGAUAGUUUGAAGAACCAUGCCGCCUCUCAGUUGGAGAAGGCUAAUUCUGAUUUGGAGAAUAUACGAAAGCAACACGAAGAUGAAAUAGUCAAGCUUCAUGCUAUGGUAAGGAAAGCAGAGCUUAAAAGUAACUCGCUGGCCGAACUGGUUGAACAGAAGGCUAAAGAAAACAAAGAACUGACACAAAUAUUGGAUGAGGUGAUCGCCAGGGUAG